AGUAAUAUCCUGCGAUUAUUUCGUUUUCGAAACUCUUCGAACAAAGCUGUAACUUCGCUGUUGUUUCAAAAUAUAGUUAAGCCACUUCGAGAAAUGUGGCUGUCUACACCGCAUUGCCCGAAUCCGGAAUGGCAAGCGGACAAGCAAUGCCGAGGUAGACACAAUCAUAGGUUCCCUGACCGUUUCCCGUUUACACGUUUCAGUGAGGCGGCUCGUGAAUGUCGAAGGAAGAAAAAGGAAUAUGUGAAAUGUUUGGAAGCACGUGUCAGUCUACUUGAAAGUCAAAAUCAGCAAUUGAUUGAAGAGCUCCAAAAAGUUAAAGCAUUGUGUUUUAACGAGUUGUGUGGUCUUGGUUUAAAUAGUUCCACUGCUGCAUGCGCUGCCGCAGUCCUCGCUGCGGUCACCUCCGGUCCAGGAACAUACUCGGCCGCGGGUGCACCAACUGUUUCCAACGUAAAGAGUUCCGAUCGAAUGUCAGAUGUUCCUGGACAUUUGUCAGAUCAACUGUCACCCAACACUUCGGCCGUUUCGCUGGACAACUCGCACGGAUCAACCACUCAUUUGAAUUCCGUAGUACGUCCACACAGAACCAGGCGUCAGUCAAUUUUGGCCAGUUCACGUAUCACUCCCAUUCCUGGAAACGGUAGCGGCGGCGCUGGUAAUAGUAACGGUGGCCCCCAGAGCUAUCAGACUCUCUGUGAUUCCACCCAAUCGGGACGGUCGUAUCUACAUGAGGAUGUGGAUGUGAAACCGAGCAAUCCGAGCCCAAGUAUGACGAGCCACACACCUCUCCCUGCGGAUUUGGCCACCGAGCGUAUUUCCCCCGCUAGUGGUGGAACCGUGUAUGACUCCGGAUCGGUAGAUACGAAUGACCCGUAUCGGACACGAAGUCAUAUACCAAUAAAUCAUCAACCACCACAUUCACGUCGAGUAGAUCCCUACCAGCAACAACACAGCCCAACAAAGACCAGUACACUGAUAUCUCCAUACGCUUCAUGUUCAUCCACCUCGUCAUCCACUACAACCACAGCCUCAACUGACGGCGGCUAUUAUCACCAUCCUCAUUAUGCUGCCAAGCGUGCAUAUCGUAAUAUGGCAGUGGCAAAUCCUGAUGUUAAACCUAACUUUCUAAGCGGACAGCAACAGCCUGAAGAUAGUAUAGGGGAGUCAAUCGAGUGCCGACCCAAAUCAACUCGUGCAUCGAACUCAGUGGCUGGAGCGGCUGUGAUCUUGGCGGCCGCGGCGGCUGCUAUGGUUGCGGAAUCCGAAUCGUCUGAUCCGCGAAUCUCCGUAUGA